CGCCCGUGAGCAUGCGCAGUUACCGCCUGCAGCUCGGUCCGUGGCGGCUGCUGCUGUUUCUGUCCGCCGCACCGAGAAUCUCCGUGUUUUUCCGUUGCGUUCUCGCCCGCCGCUGUUUAUGCGUCCGAAUCUGACCGCCGAGCCCGUGCUGCUCGGUCCAGACUCCCGGUAAAGGCUCGUCUCACCUCGGCUCCGGGCGUUAUGCGCUCAAAUGAGGCCUACAUGCUGAAACUGUCCUCCUCUUCCUCCUGCUCCUCCUCCUCCUCCCAUGCAUGAAUCUCACCGUGAUGGCUGAUGAUCAACAACAACAGCCCGGUGCUCCCGGACCGUCCCUGCAGAGUCUCGAGGCGACGGCGCUGCAGUACAACAAGAUCAAGAAUUCCAUUUGCAAAUCUGUACAAUCAAAAGUGGAGAGUAUAUUGCAAGAUGUUGAGAAGUUUACAGAUAUCGAAAAGCUCUACCUCUACCUUAAGUUGCCUUCUGGUCCCAGUAGUGGCAAUGACAAAAGAACUGAAAAUCAGAGGGGCUCUGCAAGUCCUGCAUUAUGUGACCAGAAUUCCAUGUCAUCCAGCCGGACUCAACAGAUGUACGCGUUCAACUGGAUCCGAAAUCACUUGGAAGAGCACCCGGAAACCUCACUGCCAAAACAAGAGGUGUACGACGAAUACAAGAGUUAUUGCGACAAUUUGGGUUACCAUCCUUUAAGCGCAGCUGAUUUCGGAAAGAUCAUGAAAAACGUUUUUCCGAACAUGAAGGCACGCCGUUUGGGCAUGAGGGGGAAGUCAAAAUACUGCUACAGUGGUCUGCGAAAAAAAGCAUUUGUGCACAUGCCAUCACUCCCUAACCUGGACUUACACAAAUCAGGUGAUGGGUGUGAGUUGUUGGAGUCGGCCGGACAGUCUCCCAGUGCCGAAGACGAGAUGCGUUCUGCAGCCUGUGGUCUGGUCUGCGAAUGGGCUCAGAAGGUUUUGAGUCGCCAGUUUGACAGUGUGGAGGAACUGGCACGCUUUCUUCUUAACAGUCACUAUAUAGGCACUAAGUCCAUGGCAGCUCUUACUGUUAUGACUGGAACCCCAACAGGUAUGAAAACCCCUACGCCGGCCUCUGCGUUUGUGCCAACUGGUGAAGCCAACUCAUUCCAGCCCCAAGUGAAGACCCUCCCUUCGCCUUCUGUAGACGCCAAACAGCAGCUGCAGCGGAAGAUCCAGAAGAAACAGCAGGAGCAGAAGCUCACCUCUCCUUUGCCCACUGAUGCCCAGGCUAGAAGGGCAGAGGCGGGCACACCUGUCCCUGGAUCCAGCCUGACCUCUGGAAGUCCUGCAUUGCUGUCCCCUCAACCAACCAUAGGCAUUGUGGUCGCUGCUGUUCCAAGUCCUAUCACAGUUCAGAGAAACAGGCAACUAAUGACCUCUCCGAGUCCUGUUGGAGCAGCAGAGGGAAAAGUUGUACCGGUGAACUUCCAGGUCGUGACCCAACAAGUUAAGCAGUCUCCAAAAACACCCCAGAAUAUCCCUGCCAGCCCAGUCGGUGACAGGUUGGCCAGACACAGAUAUGCCCAGAUUUUACCUAAACCUUCCGCCACAAGCGCCAUUGCACUUCGCUCACCCCCAACGCUCCUCAUCACCAACAGCCCCAUCAAGACAGUGAUGCCCACGCCCCAUGUUAGCUCUGUAAAUGUGGUCAAGAUGACUGCAAUAUCUCUAGCACCCAACAGUAGCAGUAAUAGUAGUACUCCUACCCCGUUGCGACCUGCUUCGGCAGGCAUCAGUAGCACAGCUUCCCAGGAAGAAUCUAACCAAACCCAGCAAGCUCAGAAUGGGACGUCUGCCAGCUCUCUUCAGUCAUCUGCACUUGGGAAAGCUGGACGUCCUUCCACGACCCCAACCCCACUAGCAUCCACCAUUACCAAUGAGGUGAAGGUGACAUUCGAAGCUGUGAAUGACAGUAACUCGGCUAUUGCUGUUGAUAAACAAAGCACUGCAUCAGGGGCAAGUACAGGACAAAAGAAUGAAAGAGCCACUAAAUUCAGGGCUUCCAGUGAACCCUCUCUGCUUAUUAAGGCAUCCCCUGUGCCUGAGAGAGUGAUAAGGGCCAAGAGUGACUCCACAACCCCUUCAAGUACAAUCAUGGAGGCUCUUGCCCCAAGCAGCAAUAACAACAAUGAUCAACCUGAAAGUACUUUGUAUUUAACUGUUACUAGCCAGAAUGUAGAUGCCGAAUUGUCAUCCAUUUGUGCGGUGGCAACUGCAAGCACUUCUUCUAAAGAUGCUGGUCUCUGUCUAAAAAGCCCUCGAAAACGCUCUGCAUCUGUUUUAGAAACCCAUACCAUCCCAGUUAAAAGAGUAUUCAUUUCCCAGCAACCUUUGGAUGUUAGCAGCAAUGCCAGGCCUGGUCUUGUAAUAGCAGCGAAGAAGAUCCAGAGACCUGGCACCCCAGCAAGACCAGAGAGCGCUCCAUGCAAAGUUACGCUAAAACAGAGUAGCUCUCUUCCAACUCAAAUCUUAGCUCUUUCAGACACUCCAAUUGGGAUCUCUCACACUGUUAAUCAUCCUCAAGUUGAGAAUGAAGUUGUUAAUAUCAGCCCGAACGAAACAGCUUCUGGUACUAGCACAGCUUUAUUGCAGCAAAGUCACCAACAAAUCAGCAGUGGUAUUUCUCAGGAGGUAUCUGCUGUUAGUGAACUCAAGAGCUCGCUGCAAGACUACUCACAACAGAUGCAAGCAGAACACAAGCAGAAUGCAGCUAAUCCGUUACCAUUGAUGGCCCAGGCAACUGAGACCUCUAGUCAGCUCUCUCUUCAGCAGGACAUUGUUGAUUUUGCUGGAGCCCAAGCUAGCAUUGACUAUUUCCCCUUCAAUGAUGAUGAUAUGACCCAGGAUAGUAUUGUAGAAGAGCUCGUACAGAUGGAGGAGCAAAUGAAGCUGAAUAGCAGCUUGCAAUCCUACCUAAGUUGUGUGGAUAUAUCCCUACAAGGUCAAGGCACAGUUGGCCAAGGAACGAUCCUGUCACCCCAUCAGACAAGUACACAGUUCUAUCAUUCCUCUCACAGUAGUGCCACGCCAGUCCAUACACCAACUCCGACGCCUACGCCGACACCAACGCCUACUCCAACUCCUACCUCUGAGAUGCUACCAGGGGGGCAUAGCUUGACCAGAGAAAGCCCUUGUUCCCGAAUGGCACCUGUUACCCCAGUGGAUAGCAUCUUAGGUGGCCGCCAUACACCCAUCAGCACUCCACUGUCAAACUGCAGCAGCAGUGUUCCUCCGAGUCCCAUUGAAUGCCGCAAUCCUUUUGCAUUCACUCCUAUCAACUCCAGUAUAACUGGUUAUCAUGAUGGUAGUGUUGUGUCCAGCAGUCCAGUGAAACCCAUGCAGAGGCCCAUGGCCACCCACCCAGAUAAAGCCAAGCUGGAGUGGAUCACCAAUAGGUACAACAGCACCGCAGGGUCUCCUGUUAUCUCCACCAACUCCACCAUUGGCAUCCUGCCCAGUUACCAGGAUCUGGUCGAGGACCACUUCCGUAAACCACACGCCUUUGCCAUCCCUGGCCAAACUCUCCAGUCUCAGUCAAGGCAUCAGGAUGGAAACUUGGGAAGGUUAACAACCGUUUCUCCAGUACAACAAGGACAGCAAACCACCCUUAGUAGCAAGCAAGAAAGUUUUGCUGUCCCCGCUCCGUUGGACAACAAAGGGGCAGGAAGCACAUCUGCAUCUGGAGGUGGAACCUUCCGGUGUCGCAGCGUUAGCCCGGCAGUUCGCCAGCGUAACCUCAGUGGCACCACUGCACAAACAGUCACCACCCCACGCUCUGUUGUUUCUCCCUUUAAUUGCCCCCUGACAUCUGAGGUUCUGAACAUUCUGUCCAACAACCAGUCUGUGGUCAAUGCCAGCACCUUGGCCCAGAGGAGCCAAUCAGUGCCACUAAACAUCAUGAUGCAGUCUGAGCUGCUGCCCGUCAGUCACCAGGCGCAGCAAAGCAAUAGCGCCAAGAUCACCACCGUGCUCCUCAGCAAGAUGGACACGGACGGAGACGACGCAGUGCGAGGGCUUGGUGUAAACAACCUGCCCGCCAAUUACACAGCACGGAUGAACUUGACUCAAAUCUUGGAGACGACACAGGGCUACCCCGGAGGCCCCAACCCUCAGAACCAGCAGCUGCCUCUGGACUCAAGCCCUUCGCCAUUUGACUUCCAGAAGACGGGUUACCUCAUAAGCACGGGGGAGGAACAAGUCACCUUCACAAGUGGUGAUAGUCAAGCACAAUCAGGCCCUGGACUGCAACAACCGGAAGAGCAGCUUGAGCUUCAAGAACCGCCAUUGGAGCUGCAAGAUCAACAUCUACAACUCCAGAAUCAACAGCUGCAACUUCCAGAUCAGCAAUUACAACUCCAAGACCAACAGCUGCAACUUCAAGACCAACAGUUGCAACUCCAGGACCAACAGUUGCAGUUGUCGGACCAACAACAGUUACAAGAUGAUCCAGACCUCACCCAGCAGCACUUGUUGCCCCAAACCUCGCAGCAGGUUGUGGAUCACGAUCAGCAAGAGCAACUGGACUUCAACACUACCGUCAAGGAUCUUUUGGGGGAGGACAGCCUCAACCCCAGUUCGCAACUCGUCGGACAGGUGGCGUCAGAACUCAGUGCUGUCGCCUCUGACUUUUCCAGCGACAUCCGGUUGACUUCUGACCUUUCUAGUAGCAUUAAUGACCUGAACACUUUGGACCCCAACUUGCUGUUUGACCCUAGUCAGCAGCAGGACCAAUAUGAAGAUGCCACACUGGAAGAACUGAAGAACGAUCCUCUUUUUCAGCAGAUUUGCAGCGAUACUGUGAACUCUGCUGGUUUUGAUUGGCUGGAGAAUAAAGACCAGCCAACCGUGGAAAUGUUGGGAUAAUAUUAUUUCCUGUUCCUUUACUGUUAAUGUCGCUGUUGUCGUCGUUGUUUUUAUUUAUGGUUUCUGUUUUGGUUUUUUGUAUUGCUACGUUUUGUGUAUCCAAAAAUAUUGAAUGACGUGUCUGUGCAGCAAAAAUCUGGAUGCUCUGGACUGUCCAGUGUAAAGUGCCAGCCUGAGGUAAAACUCUUACAGGCAUGUGCUUUAUCUGAAUUUUUUACAGUUGUUUUGUUUGUAUUCCUGUUGAUUUCAUAGAUCAUUCCAGUCAUUUCUCCCUAUUCAGAAGUAUGGUCAAAUAUUUCAUCUGGUUCCAAUUGGUAGUAAAGUUCGUUCAAUAUAAUGAGACAUCACCUGGUGCACAAGCAUAUCCUUGAUUUAAUUCACACUGUUUUAUAUAUUUCCAUCCACUUAAAACGGUGGAUAUUGAGGACCUGCAUGCAUAAUUUGCUCUUGUAUUUCAACGAAAUGCAAUAUUCCAAGCUGACUUUGGGGAAAUGCCCUUUCUAGAUGGUCAUAUAAGUAUGUUUUUGGAGACCAAAAGAGUGUAUUCAAAUAUCGUAAGUACAGCAGAAGUGAAAUAUCAUCUACAUAUCGUAAAUCAGUCAGUUCAAUGAACUGCAAAGAUCUUAGGUGCUACUUGGUGCUGACUUAAAAAAUCGCAUUUACUGAAUCUUUCAUCAGCCGUCAUUUGUUUUGUCAAAGUGAUUUUACACAUUUUUGGGGGGAAAGUUAUUUAAGGCCAUAAAACUUGUACUGUUAAAUCCAAACUGUUGGGGAGGGAUGAGAUUUCUGCUAUAUACGUUUGUUUUUUCCAGAAAAAUAGAAGAGAAGAGACUCGUCUGCCUUAUUUCCAGAGUCUUAAGGCCUUAUUCCAUCUCAUAAAAGGCUUUGAUGUUCUGAAAUCAAGAACGAAUUUGGUGCACUUAAAAAAAAGGUGUUGUGAAUUAGUGGUGAACUUUAUGGAUCAUCUCUUUAGAUGGUUGCUAGCCAUUUGUAGGUUUCUGCGCCUUUUUUUGCACAUCAUUUCGAACUGGUAGUGAUGAUGGUAUGGUGAUGGCUAGAUAUUCUUUCCAACUCGAGAUCAACAGGCAAACCUGUGUCGUUUCUCCAGCCUUAACUCCAUACCAAAGAGAAGCUGUCGAAGAGCAAGAGACGUUGCGGUUUCCAUCUUUAAUUGGCAUUAUUUGAAAGGGGGACUUAUAGGACGCGACAAUGUAUUUGUUUUGUUUUUAUCAGAUUGCGGGAUGUAAAUUAUGUAUAUGGCGGAUGUACAGAUAACUAUGGAUGGGGGAGCAUGUUGUGCAAGUUCACAAAGGCUAAAUUUCUAGGCUGUUCAUAGACAUUAAGGUAGUGCGACAUUUGUAAAAAAAGGACAUAGUGGUCAUUAUGAAAUUUCCAUUUUAUCAAGAUGCUAAUGGUGAUGAUUUGUAGGUAGAUGAGAGUGCCCAAAAGAAAACUUUGAGGAAUCAUAACGAGUCCAUAGCCAGCACGAUAUCUCGCUUGUUACGUUUCUGGCUUCCUGUGAUGUGCUAGUAAAUGCUGUCUGUUGGAUCUGUAGCUUGCUAAUGUACCAUUUUUCUUAGGAGUUUAUUGGUUCCUGCAUACGCAGAUGUGAUGUGUAAAUGGAGAGAGGAUGUUAUAGCAUGGAUUUAUCGAGGAAAAAAUAAGAAAUUAGAUGAGACUUAAAUAUAAAGGCGUUAAUUUUAUCGUGACAAUGUUGUGUGCAGAGACGAAUCAAAGGAGCAGACACUGGAAAUGGUUUGAAAUUCAUCUUAUUGCACUAAAAGCUUUCUUAUUGUUUGUUUAUUUCUCUGUCAUUUUAAGGAACAAUUGGUGCCCACGCUGUUUUUCUUCUAAUGACAAUAAAAAGCUAAAGGGGAAUUACUCAUGCUAGAAAAUGACAGUGAAUAAUUGCCUUGUGUAGCAAUGAGCUCUAAUCUCAAUGAGAUCCGCGUUGUACAACUUCUCAUACCCGAGAAGAAAAUAUGAAAAUACAAGAAUUAAAAAAUGACAUUAAGCAGUGUGUUUAAAAAAAAAAAAAAAAUUCCAACAUGCUUCACCAUGUUAUAAAAUGACUGUAUGUGCGCAUGUAUGUUAAACUAUCUAUGGUAGUAAUUGUUGUGACCACUCCUUUAGCCAAUCAGAGCACUGGUAUCAUUAACCAGGUCAAGAGGGGGCAAAAGUAGUUCUAUAUGCAUUUUAUGAUGUUUACUAAGUUAAAAUAAGUCUGUUUCUGUUCAUGAAUGUUGUUUUAUUGUUACCGUUUCUUAUUUCAUUUUGAAUAUAUCCUUUUUAUAUAUUAAAAAAAACGCCUAUGUGAAGAAAGCUGUAAAUAUUUUUUAUGUUCUGGCAUUCAUUAAUGCACUGAUUAAUAACGUUUUUUUUUUAUUUUACAAGUACGACUCCAGUUCUCUUUUGAUACGCAGGGAUUGAUGCCGCAGUUGGUCCGAUGUCUGGUAGGAAAACAUGUUCAUCCUGUCUGUCCGUUUGGAUCUGUAGAUUUGAGCCCUCUGAUGUGCUUGUUUAUCUGCUCUAUGUGGACAGUAGCUUGUUAAUAUUGCAAAAGCGUUUCAGCGAUGUUUUGUUUUUUUUCUCUCUCUUUUUUUUUUCCAAUGGAAAGUACUCACAGGUGAGAUUUUUUAAGUGGUUUUAAAAGCCAAUAAACAUUUUUUAAACAACA